CUACUGAAGUGCUGAAGUCUGUUAGCGACUUAGCGUGUACUUUAUGCAGAGCUAUGACAUCAGUAUUACAUGGUUCACAACCUGAUUUUAAUUAUUUGAAAACUUGCAACAGAAGUUGUUUGCUUUCAUAAAAAUUAUCCGGAUUGUGCAUUUAUAAUUUCAGAGACUAUAAUGAAACUUUGAAAAAAUUAAAUUGCUUAAUUAAUUUUGAAACUGUCAUAAUUUGGCGACCAUCUGUCCAUCUGUUUUGAUAAUACCCGUUCAAGCGCGAAGCCUUCCACGGCACCAAAAUGUAUUAAGAAUUUUUUAAGUUUCACCAACGCUGUUUUAAACUUGCAUACAUAUAUGAAGCGUAUAAAUGCAAGUAGACGACCUGCGUGACUUCCUCCCCGUCCAACAGUACACCGAUCUGGACGAGCAGCUGCGUUAUUUAGGCCUGAAGAUCCGCAUUAUUGAGGGUGACGGGAACUGCUUUUUCCGCGCCAUGAGUGACCAGCUGACCGGAAACUGCGACACGCACGGCGUCUACCGCAAGGACACCGCCCACUAUAUGCUGGCGCAUCGGGAGCUGUUUAAGGAUUUUAUCCUGCAUGAGGAUUAUGAGGAGUAUGUGCACGGACUGGGGCAGGAUGCUAUCUAUGUGGAUAACGACUCGGUGCUGGCCUUUGCCCGCAUGAUGCGCCUGAAUGUGAUUGUCCACCAACUGAACCAGAUUCCGCUGUUGAUUGCCGGGACCACCGCCCCGGAUGCACGGGAGUGUCAUAUAACGUACAUACCGCAGCAUUACAAUAGUGUGCGGUGGUCCGAUGAAGAGGACAACGCCGAAGUAUCCGCCGAUGUUACCUGCCGGGCCAUCCGCCGCCUUGUGCAGAUCCACGCCCGCGAACAACGGCGUCGGCAAUCGCAGAGCACUUCCGACGAAAGCGGAUCCGGCAGUGAACGCGGUCAGUCGCAAACGCGUAACAACACUGAAAAAUACUUGCAUAUUAAUGAGAAAUCAACAGAAGAAGCGGUACGGAAUCUGGCGACGGACAAGGGUGUCACCUAUCAGAAAAUGCUAAAGGUCAUGGAGACCGUCGACUGGGAUCCGGUGGCGGCCGAGAAGGCGCUCGACGCCCAGCGUAGCCGGAGAAAAUCCCGGAAUAGUGCUAAAGGCCGUUCGAAAAAUGUCCCGCGAUGAAAAAAAUGGAUGGUCCAGUUUAUUUCAGAAUUUCUAAUUCCACCAUCGACCAUGCAUGGUAAUUUUGCGCGUACUCAUUGUGCUCGUGAGUCGUGCCUGAUACGUUAAUUUUGAACCAUUACCUUUUGUUAUGGACAACGAUUUUGUUGUCAAUAUUGCCAAAGCAUCUCAACACCAAAAAUGUCACGACAGCAUUUUGCAAUGGAUAUUUAUUUCUUUUGAUCCGCUAAAUGGGGAAUGCCGUGACUUUCGUUGACAUUUCAUCAUUUUUUUCGUACAGCAUGCACUGUAAUUAUGAUAGACCGUAAAUAUGUACGUACAUUUGUUUAGUACCUUUAUUAAAAAUGUUGUUUUUGUUUCUUUACUGAUAUGCAACAGUUAUGAAUUUUUAUUGUAAAAAUAAAAGUCAUUAAUAAUCUCGAUAGCUGUUGUCAGCCUAAGCUGGCCUCUUGAUGAUUGUGAGUUCCUAAUUAAAUUUCAACGACUGCAAAAGACAAUCCCAAACAUCCCAACCGACUAGAAACAAUUCAUUGUAAUUUGCAUAAACACCAUCGAUUUGAGUCAUCUUCUCACAAUAUUCCUCGUCAUCACAACAACAAAAAAU